AUGCCUCCUCCCUCCAAUCCAAAACCCAAGCCAGAAUCAAACACCCUCCCCACACACAUUCCCGCCUCCCACACAACAAACACACCACCCGAAUCCUUCCCCCCUCCAGAAAACCACGGCGACAUCACCUGGCACACCCUGAUCUCCGCCCCGCAGACUCAGACCUCCGAUCUCAGCGCCGGAAUCGCCGUCUGCCCGCCUCGGACAGGUCAUCUCUGUGCCCACCGACACACCCAGGCGGAGAUAUACCAUAUCCUGGACGGGGAGGGCGAGAUGAUCAUUGAGGGGAGGAAAUUCGUCGUCGGGAAGGGAAGCACGGUGUUUAUCCCCGGGGAUGCGGAGCAUGGGAUUGCUAAUGUUGGUGGGGGUGAUUUACGGUGGUUUUAUGUCUUUCCGACGGGGAGUUUUGGGGAUGUUGUAUAUUGGUUUUCAGAGGGGGGUGGUAUCGGCAAUGGAAAGAGGGAGAAGGGGAAGUUGUGA